AUGAAGCUGAUCGAACAAAGGGGCUUGGAAGACCUUAAGCGAAAUGCACUCGUCUCGGUGUUUUUGAGAGUUCUGGAGGUGAGUCGCUGCUGAGUUAUCUCUUCCUCUGUUGGCUUCGUUUUAGCAGCGCCAAGGUGACUUUUUCUGCUAUAACGUGCUCUGUUCUCCUAAAUGUGCCUUCAGCCCCUAUAAAACAGGCAGAAGUGCUCAUGUGCUAGACGUAGUAAUACUGACUCUAAGUGUUUACACAGUAUUAUGAUGGGAUUCUAAUCUUGACAUCUAACAGAGUUGGAACGUUUGAUGUAAGCAACCUAUUUUUGACCUAUCUUUUUUCCCCCAUACCUGUAAAAGCGCAAACUAACAACAAUACAGGAAGCCUUCAAAUCCAGAAUCCAGCUUGCUCUCAACUAUGCCAACUUGACAAAAUACCAGCGUAUUGAAAUUUGGAAGAACUUCAUCUCCCGACUUCAGACACUGGGAGAACAGAACAUUGAUUUCCAUGAUCUGAAAGACCACGUUGAGCAGCUAGCUGAAAACGAGAUGAACGGUCGACAGAUAAGGAAUGCAAUCACUACUGCGAGACAAUAUGCACAGUGGAAGAAGACUAUUCUGACUUAUGAUCAUUUGAAGGACAUCAUUGAGAUUUCCGGGAGGUUUGAUAAGUAUCUUGAUAAGUUGAACGAUGGGUAUAGUCAGGAUCGAAUUGCUCAGGAUGAUGGUUUGAGGUUUGCGGGGCGUGCUUAAUGAAUUUCUUAGUUAUAUUUUUAGGGAUAUGUUCUUUGGUACAAGGAUGCAAUUUCAGACUCAAGUUCAAAUAGCUCUUCCCCUCCC